CGGAAGUGCUCUGCCAGCGGCCGGAAGUCAGUGGGACCCGGGUCGGAGUGACCCGGAAGCGGAAGUGUCUGGCGAUGGCGGCGGCCGGGGGCCUGGGGGCGCUGCCCGACUCCCUGCUGCUGGAGAUCCUGCGGCUGCUGCCCCUGCACGAGCGGCUGCGCGGGGCCCGGGUCUGCAGACGCUGGCGUAGGCUGGUACAGGACAAGAUGCUCUGGAGACAUGUGGAUUUAAUGCCCUACAAGAUCAGCUCCAAGAUCCUGUGGCACCUGCUAAAGCAGUACCUGUGCAAUAGCCUGAGGAUACUGAAAGUGAGAGGAGCGCUCUACUCAAUGAGAAAGCAUGAGUUCCUUUCCCCAGCGCUGUUCCAGGCACUCGGGAAGCAGUGUCCCAGCCUCCAUCACCUGUCCCUGACACAGGCUGACCUCCGUCGGCUCCCAUAUGACUGUAUACCAUCUUCUCUAAAGAGCAUGAAGCUGAGCUGGUGUGAGAUUCCUACUGUGUGGUUCCAAAGAUCUGUCUCUCCAGAGACUCCCAGGGUCCUGCCACAACUGCAGCAUCUCAUGAUCCAUAACGUCUCCGCCUUUUCUGAUCAGCAUCUGCUUAACAUCUCAUCUCAGACCAGCCUAAGGACACUGAAGCUCUCUGAAACCUACCGGCUGACAGACGCUGGGAUUCAGAGAGCAGCUCCGUAUCUGGAGGACCUGGAAUGCCUGGUUCUGCGCAAAUGUGUCAUUGCAGAUGCUGCUGUUCACGUCAUCGGGCGUCACAUGAAACAGCUCCGCUCUUUGGAAUUCAGCAACACUUGUUCCAUAACAGAUGCAGGCCUGGCUUGUUUAGCAGCCUUGAAGUGCUUGGAAACCCUCCGCCUUGAGUCCAGAUUUAAACUUUCCCCUGAUGCCAUUGUUGCUGUGUGCCAGGCACUCCCCCAGUUAAGGAAUCUCAAUUUAGAUGGGAGUGACUUGGAAGACCAGGAAAUGCGUAAAAUUCAGGCAAGUUUGCCAAACUGCCAUUUCUGAUGUGUUCCCUGACCCACGCUCUGAGGCGAAACGUUAACAAUGGGGAGUUGUAUGGAACGCACAAGGGUGAGCUGUGGGGUGUUCACCCCCCUGAAAUAACUCCCAGAAUUGCUGCUUCUGGUCAGGGUUGUACUCCCAGUGGCCGUUGCAUUUAUCUGACUGAAGGCAGAAUUUUCUCUGGCUAAAACAAUUAGGUGAGCAGUGUAGGAUGAGAACCAUCCAGACAGCUUGUGUCACCUGAAAACAGGCCAGCAGAAAUUCAGUUCUGCCGUCUGCUUGGCUGGGCUCCUGAAGUGACCCCUCACCUUCUCCUACUAAGAAAAUAGCAAGGCCUGGUGAAUGGGUGGCGUAUGAGGAACGGUGGCCCUAUGAGCUUAUUUAGAUUAGAGGCAGUUUGGCCGUAGGGGUUUCUCUUUUAAGUUUAACCCUGUCUCACAUUAAACAUCAGGCAACAGGUGAACUAUCCCCAAGCACAAGGGAGUAAGUCAGCUGUCAUCCUGAUGCACAAAAGGGUUUGUCUACCCAAACCUUGGACUCUAGACCAAAUUUAACUCAGGUCAAAAGGCAUUAGCCACAUUGGUGUGCUGUGAGCAUACUCCAAAACAUGCCUAGUAGGAAGUGGACAAAGGAUUGUGCAAACACACAUUUUAAAUGCAGGGAACAGAACCUUUAAGGGGAAAGAACCCAUCACGUCUAUUUCACAAACACAGACACCAACCAUGUGCCACACAGGUCGGUGCAUGUGCGGCUGUGCUUGUGUCCUGUCCCGAGGGGUGGAGUGGUGGGCGUUCUGCUGUGACCCCAAGGGUACGUGGAAUGGGGGGGGGAGUAUAAGGAGGUCCCGGAAUGCAUUUGUCUGUGUGCUGCAGGGGGAGGCAAGCACACACUUGUUCAGCCUCAAGUUCAGUCAGAGACCACAGCAUGUCUGUGUGCUCCUUGAGGAGCACCAUCAUUGCUUCCUCUCUGCUUCUUCUGUCCUCGUGAUCACUCUGCAUUCUGUCCCUGAGCAUCACCCUCCAAGCCUGGAAUCUGACACAGCAGAACCUUAUGGGACCUCCUGCAACAUGUCUUCCCUUGUCCUCGUCUUUCUCCUGCUGUCUGGCCCCGCUGGUCUGCCAGUGUGGAUGGAGAGACCUUCAAGGCCACAUUUGCAGCUGCAAAAGAAACAGUGGACAGAGUGUUUGCUUCAGCAUUGCAGGCACACAUCUGCAGAGGUCCUAUUGUGAAUGCGUUCACGGCCCUGGAUCCCCACAAGUUACAAGCACAACAUUCUCACUUCUCCUUGGGAUCCACAGAGCUGGAGAGCAGUCCCAGGCAUGAUGAGUACAUCCUGGGGGGCAGGGCGAGUUGGGACUAUAAGUUGGGGUAGCUCACGGGCAUCAGUAUAAGCAGAUGGGGCAGUUGAGCUGAAUACUGUCACUGUUUCCCACAGGCAGUGGAGACUUUAUCGUGUAUCUUGCUCCUGAAGGUAACAGAGGCAGAAAGGAAACGGCUCCUGCACGUGUCCGGCUGCUGUUAGUCUGUGUGCUGCAAUGAUGCCUGCUGAAUUAAUUGCUGAGUGGCGUGGGAAAGUGUCCUGCCAUGGCAGAAGAAGUAAGGCAGCCCUCCCCAGAAACCUUCAGCAGAGGACUGCAACCUACUUCCAGGAGAGUUUCCUUGAGGUCUCUCUAGAGGAGGCACGGGACAUCCCGGUGCACGUAAACAAACUGUUCCAUGGGGCCCCCCUCUGUCUAACUGUACAGGAGAAUGAGAAGCAGAUAGCAACUCUGCCUGUAUGGUUAUUUCACUAUCUCUUCUAACCUGAUUAAAAACAUGAACAGAUGUGUGCCUGCAAUACUGAAGCAAACAUCAUACUUACCAGAGGUUCCUUUCCCUGAAUCAGGCUUGCCGGUGCUGGAUGAUAGGGACCGGCUCAACUGCUCUGGUGUCAGGAAGAGGUCCUGUCUUGCCACACCACUUGAUCCCCCGGUCGCCUGUCCCCCACUCUCCUCCUACUGCUGUUCCUCAUCCAGCACCUUGUACUCAGGGUUCACUCCAGUGGUCACAGAAUCAUAGAAUAUCAGAGUUGGAAGGGACCUCAGGAGGUCAUCUAGUCCAACCCCCUGCCCAGAGCAGGACCAGUACCCAACUAAAUCAUCCCAGCCAGGGCUUUGUCAAGCCUGACCUUAAAAACUUCUAAGGAAGGGGAUUCCACCACCUCCCUAGGUAACGCAUUCCAGUGUUUCACCACCCUCCUAGUGAAAAAGUUUUUCCUAAUAUCCAACCUAAAUCUCCCCCCCUGCAACUUGAGACCAUUACUCCUUGUCCUGUCAUCUGCUAUCACUGAGAAUAGUCUAGAUCCAUCCUCUUUGGAUCCACUUUCAGGUAGUUAAAAGCAGCUAUCAUAUCCCCCCUCAUUCUUCUCUUCCGUAGACUAAACAAUCCCAGUUCCCUCAGCCUCUCCUCAUAAGUCAUGUGUUCCAGACUCCUAAUCAUUUUUGUUGCCCUUCGCUGGACUCUCUCCAAUUUCUCCACAUCCUUCUUGUAGUGUGGGGCCCAAAACUGGACACAGUACUCCAGAUGAGGCCUCACCGAUGUCGAAUAGAGGGGAACGAUCACAUCCCUUGAUCUGCUGGCAAUGCCCCUACUUAUACAGCCCAAAAUGCCAUUGGUCUUCUUGGUGCAUGACUCUGACUCCUCCAGAGUAUUCCACAGGGCCCUUGGGGGGUGCUGGGCUUGCCGCCAGUGAUGCCAUGCAGCUCAUUGUAGAAGCAGCGUAUCUGGCUCUGCACCUGAGCAGCUGUUCGCCUCCCUUGCCUUCUGGUGUGCCUGCCGCAGCUCCUUGAUUUUCAUGAGGCACUGAUGUGUUUCCCUGUUGUAGCCCUUCUCCACCUUGUCCCAAGCCAUCUGGCCAUAGAUACCUACAUGUCUGUGGCUGGAUCGGAGGUGUGCCUGCUCAGUUUCUUCUCCCCGGAGACCCAGGGGAUGCAGCACAUCCUGUGCGUUCCAGGCAGGAGUGUGUUUGCUGCGUGGAACCAGCAAGGUCAAUUGGGCAGAUGCUAGGUGAGCUCUCCAUGCUGAGCAAACGGGAAAUGGGAUUUCCAAAAUUCGCAGGGCUUUAAAAGGUACGUGGCGAGUACCUGGCCACCAGACAGUGGAGUUCAAAACAGUGACCAGAGCGGUAGUGGUGUGGCAUUGUGGGACACUUCCUGGAGGCCAUUAAAGUUGACGUAAUUAACACAGUGUCUACACUGACACUGUAGCGUCGUAACUAUGUUGACUUAAGUGCUACGCCUCUUGUGGCGGUGGAAUUAUUAAGUUGACGUAGCGGGUGAUUUACUUCAUUAUAGGGUAGAUGCUGACCGAAUAAGAGCAACGUAAGCCACCUUGCGUUGACCUAACUGUAGCAUAGACCGAACCCAAAUGUAUGUGAAUAACUAAAGCAUAGAUCUCAGGUAUUAUAUUUGAAUAAUAUUAGCAGGCUGCCAGCAGCCAGAUCCUUGCACCUGGUUUGUUGGGUUACAUUGCUGUGCAUGGCUGCUUGUGCCUUCUAUUGUUUAAAUACUCCCUCCUCUUUACCUGCUGUUACAAAGCCCUGAGUUCACAUUAGCAAGUUUGGGCUGAUGUUAAAACAGUAGCUGUUAUGAAGUUUCCAUUCUGGGACACACUGAGGUUUUGAAUCUGCUGAGUUGUUAUCUGUAAUCAAAUGUAAAAUGUAUUUAUAAAAUAAAAAUGCUUUUAGAUCUGUAAA